ACCAACUUCUGAAGAGAAUCUCAUCAAUUUUUGUAAAGAACCACGAACUGGUUUUAUUUUUUGCAUGCCCUUUUCAUUGUGCUCCAAGAAAAUGGAACUUUUGGCUUCAGCAAAGCGAGGUGUGGCCUCUUAUUCGUCUUCACUCAUGCAUUCCGGUAUUGCUGAUUUCAGUUUUCUGCUUGAGCCCAUUUUUGCACGUGGGUUUUCUGGUGCGUUACACCUGGUUUUGUUACUUAUGUUGUUUGUCUUGUGGGUGGUAAGGAGGAAUAAGGGUGAUUCUAGUGAGGAGUCAAAGGAGAGGUUUAAGCGCAGGGGGGUAUUGUUGUAUAAGCCGACUCUGUUUUGUUGUUUAGGAGUUUGUGUUUUUAAUAUUGUUUUGUGUUUGUUGAGCUAUUUCUAUUGGUAUAGGAAUGGUUGGUCUGGGGAUAAGCUUGUGAACCUUUCAGAUUUAGUCCUCAAAACUCUUGCUUGGGGUGCAGUUUCUGUUUUCUUGCAUACCCAAUUCUAUGAUUCUGGUGAACAAAAGUUUCCAUUUUUAUUGAGAGUCUGGUGGUGGUUUUAUCUUUCAAUUUCUGGGUAUUGUCUUGUUAUAGACAUAGUUCAACAUGUUUCAUUACCUAGUCGGUGUUUAGUGUCUGAUGGUUUCUCUGUCAUUACUGGUUUGUUCCUCUGUUAUGUGGGGUUUUUGAAUAGAAAUGAGGGCGAAGACACUUUCCUUGGGGAACCCCUUCUGAAUGGAGAUUCUAGUGUUGGUAAUGGGGUAGUGUCAAAUAAGUCCCGAGGAGCUGGUUCUGUAACCCCUUUCUCUAAUGCUGGAAUUUUUAGCAUUCUUACAUUCUCUUGGAUGGGGUCUUUGAUUGCUCUAGGCAAUAAGAAAACCUUAGACCUUGAGGACGUUCCUCAACUUGAUAGCCUUGAUAGUGUAAUCGGGGCUUUUCCAAAUUUUAGAAAUAACCUUGAGUCAGCUGGUGGUGUGGGGAGUGGAGUAACCACACUUAAGCUGGUAAGGGCGUUGUUUCUAUCCGUAUGGAAAGACAUUCUUUUUACAGCUCUUUUGGCACUUGCAGACACGGUUGCUUCAUUUGUUGGUCCUUAUCUCAUUGGCACGUUUGUUCAAUACCUCAAUGGGCAAAGAGAUUUUAAAAAUGAGGGUUAUGUUCUGGUUACAACAUUCUUUGUGGCAAAGCUUGUAGAGUGCCAAUCUGAGAUGCACUUGGAUUUUAGGCUGCGGAGAAUUGGAAUUCAAAUUAGAGCGGUACUGGUAGCAAUGAUCUACAAUAAGGGUUUGACCCUUUCAUGCCGGUCAAAGCAGAGUCACACUAGUGGGGAGAUUAUCAAUUUCAUGACUGUUGAUGCAGCAAGGAUUGGUAACUUUUCUUGGUAUCUGCAUUAUCCAUGGUUGGUCAUUCUGCAAGUUGCUUUGGCAUUGUUCAUCUUGUACAAAAAUCUUGGGCUAGCAUCAGUUGCAGCUUUUAUUGCAGCUGUUAUCGUUAUGCUAGCAACUUUCCCUUUGGGAAAAUUGCAAGAGAACUUUCAGGACAAGUUGAUGAAAUCAAAAGAUAAAAGGAUGAAGGCAACGUCUGAGAUUCUAAGGAAUAUGAGAAUUCUCAAGGUUCAAGGGUGGGAAAUGAAGUUUCUGUCUAGGAUUAUUGAGCUCAGAAAUGCCGAGAUAGGAUGGUUAAAAAAAUCUGUUUACACUACUGCCAUGACCAGUUUUGUAUUUUCGGUGGCACCAACUUUUGUGUCAGUGGCCACUUUUGGUGCUUGUAUGCUUCUGGGAGUCCCCCUUGAGUCAGGAAAGAUCUUAUCUUCGCUCGCAACAUUAGGGAUUCUUCAAGGCCCAAUAUAUGGUCUUCCUAGGACAAUAUCAAUGAUAGUUCAGACAAAGGUUUCUCUUGAUAGAAUUGCAUCUUUCCUUCAUCUGGAUGAUUUACAGCCUGAUGUUAUAGAAAGGCUUCCAAGAGGUAGUUCUGACACUGCAAUUGAGAUUGUUGAUGGGAAUUUCUCCUGGGAUUUAUCUACCUCAGGUGUAACACUGAAAGAUGUAAAUUUAAAAGUACAACAUGGUAUGAGGAUUGCUGUUUGUGGUACUGUUGGCUCUGGCAAGUCAAGUUUUCUUUCUUGUAUAUUGGGGGAGAUACCAAAAGUGUCCGGGACUGUUAGGUUGUGUGGCACAAAGGCAUUUGUUGCUCAAUCACCUUGGAUACAGAGUGGAAAGAUUGAAGAAAACAUAUUGUUUGGUAAAGGGAUGGACAAGGAAAGGUAUGAGAUGGUGCUUGAAGCUUGUUCCCUGAAAAAGGACCUGGAAAUCCUGUCACUUGGUGAUCAGACAGUCAUAGGUGAAAGGGGAAUAAACUUGAGUGGAGGACAGAAGCAAAGAAUACAGAUUGCACGUGCUCUCUACCAAGAUGCUGAUAUCUAUCUGUUUGAUGAUCCUUUCAGUGCUGUGGAUGCCCAUACUGGAUCUCACUUAUUUAAGGAGGUUUUGCUGGGCAUGUUGAGUUCAAAAACUGUGGUUUAUAUCACUCACCAGGUUGAGUUCUUGCCUGCUGCUGAUCUAAUCUUGGUCAUGAAAGAUGGAAAGAUCACACAAGCUGGAAAAUACAAUGAGAUUCUAAACUCUGGGACUGAUUUUAUGGAAUUUGUGGUUGCACAUAAUAAAGCUUUGUCAGCACUUUACAUAGUUGAGGGAGGAUCUCUUUCUACAGGAGUAAUUUUGAACAAAGAAGGUAGUGUGAGUAGUAUUACUGGGAAUGUGCAGAACGAAGACAAUAAAGACCUACAGAAUGGUAGAACUGAUGACAUAGUUGGGCCUAAAGGGCAGCUUGUUCAAGAAGAAGAGCGAGAGAAAGGUCGUGUUGGGUUUUCAGUCUACUGGAAGUAUAUUACCACAGCAUAUCGUGGAGCUCUUGUGCCCUUUAUAUUGCUGGCACUGAUUGUUUUACGGCUUCUUCAGAUUGGUAGCAAUUAUUGGAUGGCUUGGGCAACUCCUGCAUCAGAGGAGAUCAAACCCUUAGUUGAGACCUCUACACUACUAAUGGUCUAUGUGGCAUUGGCCAUUGGAAGUUCUUUAUGCAUUCUUGCUAGCGACAUGCUUCUUUAUACUGCUGGUUACAAGACUGCGACUUUACUUUUCAAUAAAAUGCAUCAUUGCAUUUUCCGUGCUCCCAUGUCUUUCUUUGAUGCCACCCUAAGUGGGCGUAUCCUGAACCGAGCUUCUACAGAUCAAAGUGCAGUUGAUUUGAGCAUUCCUGAUCAAGUAGGUGUAGUCGCCUUCUUAAUGAUUCGGCUCCUUGGAAUCAUUGCAGUGAUGUCUCAGGCUGCGUGGCAGAUCUUUAUUGUUUUUAUCCCUGUGAUUGCUACCACUGUAUGGUAUCAGCAAUAUUACAUAUCUUCUGCACGAGAACUUGCAAGGUUGGUCGGAGUAUGCAAAGCUCCAGUGAUACAAAAUUUUGCUGAAACAAUUUCAGGAUCAACAACUAUCAGGAGCUUUGAUGAAGAAUCAAGAUUCAGAGAGACAAACAUGAAACUGAUCGACUCAUAUUCUCGACCAGUAUUCCAUAAUGUUGGUGCUAUGCUAUGGCUUUGGUUCCGCCUAAAUAUGUUAUCUUCUAUUACAUUUGCUUUCUCUUUGGUCAUCUUAGUUUCUAUUCCACCAGGAGUUGUUAAUCCAGGCAUUGCUGGCUUGGCUGUGACAUAUGGACUCAGUCUGAAUAUGCUGCAAGCCUUCGUAACAUUGAAUCUGUGCGAUCUGGAGAACCAAAUUACAUCAGUUGAGAGAAUACUUCAGUAUACUAUUAUCCCCAGUGAGCCUCCUCUUGUGAUUGAAACAAAUCGUCCAGCCCAUUCCUGGCCAUCACAUGGAGAAAUUGAUAUUCACAAUCUGCAGGUCCGGUAUGCCCCACACAUGCCACUUGUGUUGCGGGGCCUUACAUGCACUUUUCCUGGAGGGUUGAAAACUGGUAUUGUAGGGAGAACAGGCAGUGGAAAAUCAACUCUUAUACAGACACUAUUCCGGAUUGUUGAACCUGCAGCUGGGCAGAUUAUAAUAGAUGGUGUCAACAUCUCGUCCAUUGGACUGCAUGAUUUGCGGUCAAGACUAAGCAUCAUUCCUCAGGAUCCAACAAUGUUUGAAGGGACGGUUAGGAGCAAUAUUGAUCCUCUUGAAGAAUACACUGAUGAACAGAUUUGGGAGGCUCUCGAUAAGUGCCAACUUGGAGAUGAAGUUAGGAAAAAGGAAGGAAAAUUAGAUUCCCCAGUUAGUGAGAAUGGUGAAAAUUGGAGCAUGGGACAGAGACAACUGGUCUGUCUCGGCCGUGUGUUACUGAAGAAAAGUAAGGUCUUAGUGCUCGAUGAAGCUACUGCAUCUGUUGACACAGCUACAGAUAAUCUGAUUCAGCGCACCCUAAGGGAACACUUUUUUGACUGUACAGUCUUAACCAUUGCGCACCGGAUAACUUCUGUUCUAGAUAGUGACAUGGUUCUGCUUCUAAAUCAUGGACUCAUUGAAGAAUAUGAUUCUCCAGCAAGAUUACUGGAAAACAAAUCUUCAUCUUUUGCUCAGCUUGUACAAGAGUACACUACAAGGUCAAAUUCUAGUUUCGACCAUUGAACAUCAAACUUUAAUAAAUGCCAGCUAACAGUUUUUUCGAUGAUGACGACGAGGAUCUCGGUAUGUAUGUGAUUUAAUUUCGCAACCUCUGCUGGGAAAGAGAGAGGAUGGAGGUCACUUAGUUUGUACUUCAUAUUCGUCUUUGUUUGAAUAAAACAUCAAUCUCCUGUCAUUGCAAUAUCUGUUGUUGAUAAUGGUUGUGGAAUCUUCUCUGCCCAAACCGAACCAUGCUUGAUGUUGGAGUUGUGGUGUUCAAGCUGCACAAGUAGCAGCAAAUGAAAAUGAAAGGCUGCAAAGAGGCUGCAGAGCUGUCAAAUGACACAAGCAUGCAGCAAAAAUGGCUGUUAUUUAUUUCAAAUUUCAAAUGUACUUUUAUUGUUUUUUAAUAUAUAAUAAUUGUUUGAAUUUGAA